GGUCGUGGUGGUUGUUGUGGUUGUGGUUAUUGUCGGCGGCGGCGGUUGAUGUGGUUGUAGUCGGCGGCAGUGGUUGUCGUCAGCGGCGGUGGUCGUGGUGGUUGUUGUCGUUGGCGGUGGCGGUUGUUGUUGUCGUCGUCGGUGGUUAUCGUAGUCGGCGGUGGUUGUGGUUGUUGUUAUGGUGGUCCAGCUAUGUGUUAUAUUACCCUCAGCACACCUUAGGCUCUGUUUGGUUUAACAUUCGUGUUUCCUCAUUUUAAUAAACCGCCUCCUGCAUUUUGCAUUCUACCUCUCACCUUGUUCCUUUCGGAAGUGUAACACUGAAUAUUAAACAGUAACCAAUUUAUUAAUAGGACCAACAUCUGGUAACACACUGCAUUUCUAAUGAAACUUUAGUUAAAUAUGGGUUGUGUAUAAAAUAACAAUGUAUUAGAUGCAACAAUAGAUUUUGAUAAUAAAUACUUAAUAUGCAUGUCAUUUGAGGAGAGCAAGAGGGUGAAAAUGGUAAGUGAUGGUCAGACAGAGAAGGAGCGAAUAAUGGCAAGAUUAAAUUAGAUUAGAUUACAUCCAGAUGGAAUGCCCUUUAUUUGAUCAUAUAUAGGGGUGGGCCAUGAUAAGGGGUCUAAGCCUACCUGUACCCUACUCUAACCCAUAAUCCAAGAAUCCUAAAUGGAAUGAGCUAAUUAUUUGCUAAAUGAGAUGUCAUAAAAUAAACUGUAUUGUUUCAAGCUUUUUAAGGAGUUCAUAGCCUUUCAAAAUAAACCAUAUAAAACUGCUCGUGUUUUUUUAAAUGUUACAUUCAAUAAGACGGUAUAUUAAUAAGUAACCAAUGGAAGAAGACUCCGCACAAAUUCAGACGGUGGGGGUUUGCACGUUGGGGACCGGAGCAAUGACAUCAAAUAAGCAGACAUCAGUCCAUACAGCGCGCACCAAUCAGCGUGCGAACCACGCGCUCGGCACGUGGAGUCACUUGAUGGACACGUAACCGCAGCCAAUAGAAUGCGGUGCCUGUCGGACGGGGCGGGGACGUUUCGUGUUUGUAUUUACUUUUUAAAAAUUUUUUUACAAGUAGCCAAAUUAAGGGAUUCUGGACCGACCAAAGUGAACAAAGUAGUAUAUUAGGUUAAUUUUUAAUGCCAAAAGCACAGAAGUGCUAAACAGAAGUGCUUUUUGGCAUCUUGUCUCGACUGUUUAAGAAAGCAUCUGUUCGUCGGGAUUACGGAUUAAGGUUGAGGGAAGAUGAGUAUUGUGGAGGUUCAGCAGAUGGUCGGAAACACCGUGGGACAGAUGAGCGAAAGUCUCCCAGCGCUCAUUCUGGUGACAGCGGCGCUCUCACUGACUCUGGCGUACUUCUCCAAACUGGCGUUUAGGCAGCCUCGGUCACAGGGCACAGAUGAAAAAUAUCCUCCACACAUCCCAGCAAGUAUCCCAGUACUGGGCAAUGCCAUUGCUUUCGGGAAAAGCCCAAUCGAAUUCUUGGAAAAUGCAUAUGAAAAGUACGGACCGAUAGUGAGCUUUACAAUGGUGGGGAAGACUUUUACGUACCUGCUCGGAGGAGAUGCUGCGGCGCUGCUGUUCAACAGCAAAAACGGAGAGCUCAACGCGGAGGACGUGUACGCACGCCUCACAACGCCGGUGUUCGGGAAGGGGGUUGCCUACGAUGUCCCCAACUCCGUGUUUCUGGAGCAGAAGAAGCUGUUAAAGAUGGGGCUGAACAUCGCUCACUUCAAGAAACACGUGGAGAUCAUUGAGGAGGAAACGAAGGAGUAUUUCAAGCGCUGGGGAGACAGCGGAGAGAGAGACCUGUUUGAGGCUCUGUCCGAGCUCAUUGUUCUCACGGCCAGCAGGUGUCUGCAUGGCCCUGAGAUUCGCAGCAUGCUGGACGAGAAAGUGGCGCAGCUGUAUGCAGACCUGGACGGUGGCUUCACACACGCUGCCUGGCUGCUGCCAGGAUGGCUGCCCCUGCCCAGCUUCAGGCGCAGGGAUCGGGCUCACAGAGAACUCAAAAACAUAUUCUACAAAGUGAUUGAGAAGCGCAGGCAAACCACGGAAAAAGAGGAUGACAUUUUGCAGACGCUCAUAGACACCACGUACAAAGAUGGGCGGAGCCUGAAUGAUGAUGAGAUUGCGGGGAUGCUGAUUGGUUUGUUACUGGCCGGGCAGCACACAUCAUCCACCACCAGUGCCUGGCUUGGCUUCUUUCUGGCACAAGAACGCUCCCUUCAGGACCGCUGCUACAGUGAGCAGAAGGACAUCUGUGGGGAUCACUUGCCUCCUCUCAGCUAUGACCAGGUGAAGGCGCUAACCUUUCUGGACUGCUGUCUAAAGGAGACGUUGAGACUGCGUCCGCCCAUCAUGACAAUGAUGAGGAUGGUCCGAUCUCCUCAGAAGGUGGGUGACUACACCAUUCCUGCUGGACACCAGGUGUGUGUGUCACCCACUGUGAACCACCGUCUCCGGGAUGCGUGGUCCAGUCGGUUGGAGUUCCACCCUGAGCGCUUCCUGGCUGAUAACCCAGCUGCCGGAGAGAAGUUCACCUACGUGCCCUUUGGAGCAGGUCGUCACCGCUGCAUUGGGGAGAACUUCGCCUACAUGCAGAUCAAGACCAUCUGGUCCAUGAUGCUGCGACUAUAUGAGUUUGAACUGGUGGACGGCUAUUUUCCCAGUGUGAACUAUACCACUAUGAUCCACACACCCAGUAACCCAGUGAUCCGAUACAGGCGUAGAGAGCGGCUGUGACCCCUCACACCCCUCACACUUCCCCCUUCUACAGACUCCACCCCUCACGUGUCCCUCUUCUACAGACUCCACCCCUCACGUGUCCCUCUUCUACAGACUCCACCCCUCACGUGUCCCCAUCUACAGACUCCACCCCUCACGUGUCCCCCAUCUACAGAUUCCACCCCUCACGUGGACUCAGUUUUGCCACUUCAUAUAACACUGACUGACAAACUAAAACUACAGCAAUAAUUUUUUUCCAUUUAUUGGUUUCAUUCUUGGACAGAGCAAGUCUCCAUGAGCAUUAAUGGAGAUUAUAUAAAACACAGUGCUGUGGUCUUGAAGUUGAUUUAGGAAGCUGAGCCCCUGAGCCACGGGGGAAAACAUCAGUGAAAAACAAGAGAAGCAUGUAAACUUUUAAUAUAACUUUGUUUGCUCCUCUGUCUUGACUGAGAUUUUGAUUAAAGCCUGACACAUCUGAGACAA